CAGAACCUCCCUCGACCGCCGUUAUUGAAGUGGCAGCCGUCCAUUGUCGAACAACAAGGUGCGCCGCUGUCAGACAAGGGUCCUGUCCAGUCGCCGUCCUCCAUAGCAGAGCGUUUUAACUUCCGGCAGCCAGCUUCCUCCCCGCGCGUCCGGACCUCCGGCAAUCAUUUUCGCCGGCCAUUAGUGAGGUCAGCGUCGUCUUCCAUUCGCGAGCGAUCACACCGGGUCUUGUUCGUUGGAGUUGCAGCCCGAGUCCCGUUUGAAUUUUCAAAGUCCGUUCGUUCGAUCCGAUUUUCCGAUAAUUCGUAUAUUCCCGAAGACGGUAACCUUUUGAAACCCCCUCGGUUAUUGCUGUUCAGAAUUAUAGCAAUCAUUUUCUUUUGUUCGUUGAAUCGUUUAGUUGGUUUUAAAGUUUUAUUUAUUCAUCGGUUC